CUGCUUUCGUUUUGCAAUACUUUCAUGGCGGAAAGUAGAGUGACUAUUUCCUUAGUGGCAGGAUAUAAGAAAGAGCGCUUUUAGGCGGUCCCCGUUCUUUCCUUGAGAGGUUAUAUUCAAGCAUUCUCUGAUAUAAAAUGGCAUUAAGUGGACAUGCAAAGAAAGUCUUUGGGCUGCUUCAAAGAAGUUGUAUAAGACAGGCCCAUUUUAAAAGUCAAACAUCCUUUCAAGGUGUAUCAGCUCUUGCUGUUUGGAAUGAAAGACUUGGAUUUGGUUUAGACAAAGAAGGACGUGUUGUUCUUGUGUCACAACCUUUUCAGCGAAGUGCUGAUGGGUAUGAUUACAACAAGCUUUACGGGCCUCCAGCCGCUGCAGAACAAACCAUUAGAACAUCAGCAGUGAAAAAGGCAUUUACUGACAAAGACCUUUGGAACCAAGGUCCUAGAAAAACAGGAAAUGCCCCCUGGGCUAGACCUCAACUCCCUCGGCACAGUGGCUGUUCUGCAGCAGGUUUUUCAUCCCUUGCUGGUGAUGGCCAAAGCAGUGGAUCAUCUUUCCCAGACUCCAUGGACCCUUCCCUUGUGAUAUUCGACAAAGAUGGUACUUUGAUAGAUGUAAAUACUGUGUGGAUUCCUUGGAUGGAGAGUCAUGUACGUGAGCUUGAAGAAGCAACUGGUCUUGAUUUGGCUGACAAAAUGUACAAAGAAGUGGGAUAUUGUCCCAAGAACUGUACCUAUUCUGAUGGAGGCCUGCUUGCUCAUGCAACUGUAGCUGAAAUCAGACAAGCUUUUGUAACAGUGUUAGUCAAGAGUGGUAUAGAUAGAGCAACAGCGCAGAGGCUGGUUAGCAACUGCUGCAAAGAUUUUGACAGUGGUGGGCAUGAUACCCUGGAGCCUUUGGGUGACCUCCCGGCAAUUUUUGAAACCCUGAGGGCAAAGGGUGUUAAGACAGCAAUCUGCACAACUGACAGCAGAGAAGGCACUCUGUCAGCUCUUGACAGGUUAGGCCUCAUGAGCAUGAUUGACAAAAUAGUUUGUGGGGAUGACACAGACACCAAACCAAAACCCCAUCCUGAAACUGCGUUGGGCAUUUGUGAAGAGUUGAAUGUUUGCCCAACACAAACCGUCAUUAUUGGUGACACUGUCGCCGACACCACAAUGGGUCGUUCUGCAGGGUUGGGUCUAACAAUAGGUGUCCUUAGUGGGGCUGGCAACCAGAAAUUUCUGGAGGAGGAGGCUGACAUUGUUUUGAACAAUGUUGAUGAGCUUCUAAAUACCUUAUAUCCAUCAGACUCCUCUUCUUCCUCUUCAUAACCUUUUUGUCUGCAAUUUCUUUUGGUACUCCCUGGCAAAUGUGGUGUGUAAUCGUCAGUACUGGUUUUAAUCAUUUGUUGCAUGGAAGAAUGAAGGGAAAUUUGACCCCAGUUCUAGAAAGCUAUUAGGAUUUAUUUAUUAUAAUUACAACUGAAAGCUCUUCAUGAUUGUUACUGUAGCGUAAACUGGACUUGGGUAACUCUUGUGAACAAGAUCAGUUUGUAAAUAGUCCAAAGUAUACAUUAAGCCCCCUCACAAGCUUUAUAUUAUAACUUGAAUCUUUUUAAUCGGUCAAGAGUGCUACAAAUACUGGUUUCUCUAUGAGGGGUAUCUUUUGUAUUAAAACUGACUUGUACAGUCUUGCCUUAAAGAAAAAUAAUAUGCAAUAACAUGUAGUGGUAAUUUUGUAGUGAUGCACUUCACCUUGAGGGUGAUUUCUGCUUGGUUGAACUACUUAGUGGGGACAGCUUUCUUAACUUAAAUAUCUUAGUAAUAUGCUGAGAUUAAACAACCUGAUUUAGGGGAAAAGGAAAAAAAAUAAAGAGAAAAUGCUGCUUAAUAAAAUUUGAUCAAUCCGAUCUUAAGUUACCUUGCUAACAACCGAUUUUUUUAAAUUACAAUAAAUGAAUUGUUUCAUUUGUCAUAGCAUGCAUGUGCAGUGUGGCAGUCUCAAUUUCCCUUCUUCACAUCUUGUAACACGUUGGGAAAAGUGUAAAAACUUCGUAGAAAAUUCACAUCCUUGCAAAUAAUUUCUUUGCAUGAUCCUCGCUUUUCAAAGAUGUUCAAAUCUGGAGUUUCCCUUAAAUGUGCAAAGCUCGGCAAACAACUGAUUACUUCAGAGUUGACCCUUGCUGUCACAGUGAACAAGUCAAUUGGUAACUUGCAUAAGGCCUAGGAUUUAAGACGAAUCAACCAUUACUGUCGUGAAACAGGAUACGAUUGUCCGAUCACAAGUCAAAAGUGCUUCACUUAGGUUUAAAAAUGUCAACUUCACCUACUUACCUGUUUAUAACUACCGAUAUCUGUUAGAAUGCUUUUCAUCAAUGAAACUUUAAAAGAAAUGGUUAACCUAAUGCCCUAGCUACAAAAGUAGCCCCUUCGUAAAAGGGAGACAACUUUGAUAAAUUAGUUGCAGUAGAGUGGGAGAAAGAUCAAGUGACCUGUGCAACGUAAUUGGAAUUUUUUAAUGCCUGAUUAGUAGUUAUGUUGGAAGUAAGUGUUUUUUUACGAUAUGUCCCGUUUGGCUUUUUUAGUGUUGGAGUUUGCGAGGGUAGGAAGAAGUGACUGUUUACCAUGGUUAUGGUUUCUUGGAAUACCAUAGGCGUAGUGAAGCUUCAAGAGCUUUCUAUUUGUGCCAGAUUUUUAGUCAGUGGAAUGUCUUUGAAUUUGAGAUUACCCUAAAUCAUAGUUCACCCUUUUCAUAUUAUAAUUUCCAACCAGAUAAAACAGUAUUUAUUGUACUUUGCUCCCUUCGUUUCCGUUAACCCAAAGCCCACUUAUCUGUGGAAAGUGUUUCCAGCAAGCACAACUUAUUUAUCUCUGUCACAUUUGAGAGAGUUAUAAUAUUUAUUGUAAAAAACAUUUAUACAUUCUUGUGCAUAAAUCGGAACUUUUCUAGUUGCAUUAUUAUUAAUGUAAAUACAGCCUCUGGAAAAUGAAUUAAAUUGUAAAUAUGACGAUCAUGUAUAAUAAAUUUUUUUUUAUCAAAUA